AUGUAUUGGUCUGUGAUGAUCACGAUGUUCGCUCUCGGCCUCACAGUGGCCCAGAAGGUGGGAACCGUGCAAAGCGAAAUCCACCCCAAACUCCAAUGGACCCGAUGUGCCGCCGACGAAGGCUGUGCAAAGAUCGACGGUGAACUGGUCAUGGACGCCAACUGGCGAUGGAUUCACAAGGUGGACGACAUUGAGAGCUGCUACUGGGGCAAUCGGUGGGAUGAACGGGUCUGCAGCAGCGUGGAGGACUGCACCAACACAUGUGCCCUCGAGGGUGCGCAGUAUGAGCGAGCCCAAGGCGUGACGACGGCCAACGGCAGCGUGACCCAGAAGUUCAGGACAAAUCAUGAUUUUUCGUACAACAUCGGCUCCAGGCUCUUCCUCCUCGAGUCUAAAGACCGAUAUCAGAUGUUCACCCUGCUGAACCAUGAGCUGGCCUUCGAAGUCGACUUGUCAACGGUGGAAUGCGGCAUCAAGAGCGCCCUGUACUUUGUGCCUAUGGACCCGGACGGCGGCCAGGCGCAAUAUCCAACAAACCAAGCCGGGGCCGAAUACGGGACAGGAUACUGCGAUGCCAACUGUCCACGGAACCUGAGAUAUGUCGGGGGAGAAACCAACUCGGAAAGCUGGUUUCCCUCCGAAACUGACGAGUUCUCGGGCACUGGGCGCUUUGGGGCAUGCUGCCCACAGUUCAGCGUCUGGAACUCCAACGCCCACUCCUUCUCCAUGUCGUCACACGUCUGCCCAGACGAUGCCUCAACUAUAUGUGACCAUUUUCAGGGGACCUGCGAUCACUACACACAGUACCCGGACGACAGGAAGAAAUGCGACCUCUGGGGGUGCAGCUACAAUCCCUAUCGCAUGGGCAAUACUGACUUCUAUGGGAAGGGGAAGAAGGUGGACACAGCGAGGAAGUUUACUGUUGUCACGCAGUGGAACGGGACCAGAGUCACGCAAUUCUUCGUCCAGGACGGCCGGAAGAUUGAGAUGCCUGCUCCCGUUUGGGACGGACUGCCGAAGGAAGCCGGGCUAUCGGCCGAUAUGUGUCAGAAACAACGUCUAGCGUUCGAUGAACGAGAUCACUUCACUGAGAAUGGAGGCUGGAAGGCCCAUCAGCGGCAGUUGUUGACCCAGCCCAUGGUCAUGGUACUAUCGAUCAACUCAGACCAUUUCACCUGGAACCUCUGGCUCGACUCAGAUUUCCCACCCGAGAUUCCGGACGGUGCCCCUGGCAAAAAGAGAGGUGACUGUCGUUUUGAGGACAAUGACCCGAUCGUCGUCAAUAACAGAUAUCCCAAGGCGUAA